CGCCGCGGGCACCUGCUUCAUCGUCUACGGCGCCGCGCCGCGAACCUGGCCGUCGAGGCCGCCGUCCGUGGCACCUGCUUCAUCGUCUACGGCGACGCGACGCACACCUGGCCGUCGAGACCGCCACCCGUCUACGGCGAUACGCCGCGCACCUGGCCGACGGCGUCGCCGCCCCUCGACACCUGAUUCACCGCCUACGGCGCCACGCCGCGCACCUAGUCGUCGAAGCCGCCGCCCGUGACACCUACUUCGCCACGCCGCGGACCUGGCCGCCGACACCGCCGCCCGUGAGACCUGCUUUACCGUCUACGUCGCCGGCGAUCGCAACGUCGACGCCGCCGCCCGGCGUCCGUGUUUGGGGUUGGGUUCGGCCGCCCUCGAUCGCGGCACGCUCACACGCUCACACGCACGCACAGCAAGACGCGUGCCGCCAGUUUGGCGAGACACGCGCCGGGAGUGUGUCGCGAGCGGUAGGCCCAGCUGUAGGCGGGCUCCAGUAAACAUGCGGGAUAGGAAGCCGUCGUACAGGCUGCUGGGCGCCAUGAAAGCCAUGGGCGCGAGCCGGCGGAUGCUCCUGGUGCCCUUGAUCGCCGUGCUCCUCAUCCUCCUCUACGCGUGGACGCUGCGCGGGUCGCGCUGGCCCGCCAAGCACUACCACCGCAUCACCAACUGGGAGCAGCCCGACCCCCAGGAGCUGCUGGACCUGCUGCCCCUCCCCGACGGCGACCCCACGGUGCUGCCCGAGGCCGCCAUGAGGAUCAUCCUGGCCAAGGAGCCGUACGUGCCGCCCAAGCGGGAAAAGCGAAACUUCGAAGGCUUCAACAACGAGACCGGCGACGCGUCGGGCGAGUACAUCGUGCCCAACUUCGUGCACUUCCUGCGCUUCAACCAGGAGGAGUUCGACUUCCUGGACUUCGUGGUGGUGCUGUCGGCGCUGCGCCACCAGAAGCCCGAGCGGCUCUUCUUCCACACCAACGUGAAGCGCUUCCGCGGCGAGCUCUGGGAGAAGCUGCUCAUGACGCCGGGCUUCGCCGACGUGACGGAGAUGGUGCACGUCGACCUGCCCAGCGAGAUCUUCGGCCAGCCCAUGGACAACGGCAACCGCGUCUGGCACGCCGGCGACAUCACGCGCAUCCGCAUCCUCAUGAAGUACGGCGGCAUCUUCCUCGACAACGACUCCUACCAGGUCAAGUCGCUCGACCCCUUCCGCCGCUUCGAGCUCGCCAUCGGCUGGGACGACGACCAGUUCCUCGGCACGCAGGUGAUCGUGGCGCACCCCGACGCCCGCUUCCUCAACGAGUGGCUGGAGACGUACCGCGGCGCCUACUUCAAGGACAAGUGGUACUACAACGCGGGGGAGCGGCCCACCGUGGAGGUGCUGUACAAGCGGCCCGAGCACAUCCACCGGGUCAAGCUGCUCUUCGGGGUGCACUACCUCAUCCACAAGGUGUUCAAGGCCAACGAGGUGUGGGCGGAGUGGCGGGACCAGUACACCAUCCACCUGCUCAAGCGGCACCAGGAGAAGACGGUCACGCAGGACAACUUCCUCACUCCACCCACCACGCUCAGGGAGAUGAUCUUGGACUUGUACAACCCCAUAUCGGGUCGGCCGCGGCUGUUCUGAAGGUCGCCUCCCUCCCCUUGGAGGGCAUUCCCUCUCGCACCUGCAGGCUGAUGCCGCGGACUGCCUACGUCGCUCUGUCUCUCUGACGCCCAAGGGGCGUCUCCGAUUGGGGGGAGAGAGACAGCGCGGACGACUGCGGUCCUCGGAAUUAGUCUGCAGAGCGAGCCUGGGUCUCGCAAAUAAGAAAGACAAAGACCGACGACCCCUCAUGGGGCCCUCGAGACGCGUCGGUUAAUCCGACCCGACCCCGCGCCCGUGACAAAGUGUGCCGACGGCGUUUCAGCUGACGAGGUUCGAUCGCGAUGAGUGGCGCGUAGCGCGUACGCCACGCACCGCGACCACCGCGUUGGCACUGCAGACUGAUUCCGAGAGUCGUUUUCGUCGUUCCGUCUCUCUCGCACACUUAGGCGACCCGUGUAGUGUAGGUGCGAGAGAGGCACAGUGGCGAAAACGACUCUCGGCAUCAGUCUGCUGCGCAGUGCGUGGGAGCGCCAGUCCGAAAGGCGCAGAGUCGACGGGACUCAAUUGGGCGGCACGAACGGUAGGCCUUCCGUCGUGCGGCCCAGACGACAAGACUGAGCCAUUUCUGGCUGUGAAGGGCGAACUGAGGCAGGAGACAUAGACUUAUUUGAAUAGUAUUUAUUUCAAGUGAAAAUGUGAUGGUAUUUAGUGACGUGUAAUUAUAAAAUACAAAAGAAGACUAUAAAACAAGUAUGAAGGAAGAAUACUUCAUAAAAUAAUGUUAAAGUAUGCCAAAAUAAAUUAAAGGUAUAGAAAAAAAUUCAAAUACAACUGGAAUAAUUUAAAAACAAUAAUUGAGUAUCAUCUCAAACUGACAUUAAAGAAAUCACAAAAUGGAAAUCACACAAUUGAUUGCAUUCAGACAAAAAUAUAUAUCAGUUUCCAAAAAAUUGAUAAUUUUACAACACAGUUGCAGAAAUAUAAGACAACGAUUCAAAUUCAUUCAUCAUCAGUUAGUUGAAUACCACUCACUGGGUUAAUAAGGAAACAAAA